GGGAACAGACCUGCAUUCUAAAGCGGUGCGCUUUUUCUACGGUUCUCUCUCUCUCUCUCUCUCUCUCUCUCUCUCUCUCUCUCUCUCUCUCUCUCUCUCUCUCUCUCUCUCUCUCUCUCUCUCUCUCUCUCUCUCUCUCUGUCUCUGUCUCUGUCUCUGUCUCUGUCUCUGUCUCUCUCUCUCUCUCUCUCUCUCUCUCUCUCUCUCUCUCUCUCUCUCUCUCUCUCUCUCUCUCUCUCUCUCUCUCUCAUCCACAUUGCAGUCCUGUCACGUUCCCUCUGCUCCCCCCAUCCGCCUCAACCGCUCCAGGAGAGGCAAGGAGAGAGGGAAGGAAGAGUGCAGCUGAAAAGCAAACAGACAUGUCGACAGCCAACGCGUAAAGUCUCCCAUCGGCUGUUCGUGGAUUUCUUCGCGGGACCUGAUGCGGUGAGGGGUGGGUGUGUGCCGCUGCCCUGGCCUGGGCUGAAGGCAGAGGAGGUAGGAUGCUGUGGCUCUCCCUGCUGUCUGUGGUGGUCCUGGGUUGUGUGACCCUGACCCAGACACACACUCACACACACACCCCGACGCCCACCUCCACACACACCCCUAUGGUGGACAGUUCGGAGGAGGAGGUGGACGAACCGUGCUUCGAGCCGUGCACGUGCGAGGUCAAAGAGGGCGUGUUGCACGUGCACUGUGAUGGGCGGGGCUUCACUAACGCCAGCCAGGUGUCUCAGUCUUGGCUCCGCCCCUUCAAGCUCAACCUGCAGAGGAACUCCUUGAGGCGUCUCUAUAGCAACGGCUUCCUGCACCAUAGCAAUGCCGUGGCGAUAAACCUAGGCAACAACGCGCUGCAGGACAUCCGUGCCGGGGCGUUUCAUGGUCUGGGGACACUGAGACGCCUCUACCUCCACGAGAACAAACUGGAGGUGUUCCGCAACGACACCUUCUCUGGCCUGGAGGCACUGGAGUACCUGCAGGCCGACUACAAUGUCAUCAAACGCAUCGACAGUGGGGCGCUACGCUACCUGCAUAAAUUACGAGUGCUCAUCCUCAACGACAACCUGAUCCCUGCUCUGCCUCCUCAUCUCUUCAGAUCUGUGUCUCUGACCCACCUGGACCUGCGGGGGAACCGUCUGAAGAGCCUGGCCUACGCCGGGACCCUGGAGUACGUGGGCCGCAGCCUGAUGGAGCUCCAGUUGGAGGAGAACCCCUGGAUCUGUGGCUGUGAGGUUGUCCAGUUGCAGACGUGGCUGGGACACAUCCCUUACACCGCAGUGGUGGGGGACAUCACCUGUGAAUACCCCUUCCACCUGCACGGGAAAGACCUGAGGGAGAUACCACGCAAAGAACUGUGUGCCGGAGAGGUGGAGGGAGAGGGGGAGAAGGAGGGAGAGAGGGAGAAGCAUGGAGGGGUACAGCCUCCUCAGCAUCCGCCCUCUCACCCGAAAGCGAACCCCAACCCUGGGAGGCCCAGACCCACCAAGCCGUCCUCCAUGGUUCACCAUCAGAACACACAUACCUCAUCUUCGUCGACUUCUUCCUCAUCGGUGGAGCGGAGGGAGAGAGAGAGGUCCCCUCGGCCCACCAAGCGCCCCCGGCCCUCCAAGACGCCCCCCACUCAGCGUAGUCUCCUCCCCAACCAGCCCCCUCCCAUCGCAGGGUACCAGACCCGCCCCCCCAUCCCUAUCAUAUGUCCUCUGGGGUGCACCUGUAACCUCCACAUCUCAGACCUAGGACUGACAGUCAACUGUAAGGAGAGCGGCUUCCACAACGUGUCCCAGCUCAUGCCACGCCCCCUCAACGGACGGAAGCUGUACCUCAGUGGCAACCUCAUCCAGCGGAUCUAUAAGUCAGAUUUCUGGAAUUUUUCCAGUCUGGAUCUACUUCACCUGGGAAACAACCGGAUCUCCUUUAUUCAGGAGGGAGCGUUCUCCAGCCUGCCGACCCUGAGGAGUCUCUACCUGAACGGCAACAACCUGCAGAGGCUUAGCCCACACAUGUUCCUGGGUCUACUUAACCUCAGGUACCUGUACUUUGAGUACAAUGAGAUCGGUGUGGUGGAGGCGGGAGCGUUCAGCCCCAUGCCGUCUCUCCAGCUGCUCUUCCUCAACGCCAACCUGUUGAGGUCACUUCCUGUCGGAGUGUUCCAGAGCAUCUCCCUCUCCCGCCUCAACCUCCGCAACAACCACUUCCUCAGCCUGCCUGUAGAGGGGGUGUUAGAGCACCUCACUGGACUGGUGCAGGUGGACCUGCAGCAGAACCCAUGGGAGUGCAGGUGUGAUGCGGCCCCUCUGAAGCGCUGGCUGGAGGGCCUGAGUGCGGUGGUGGUGGUGGGGGAGGUGGUCUGUCACUCACCAGAAGAGACCACAGGUACAGACCUUCGCUCUCUUUCCCUGGACCUCCUCUGUCCAGACCUGGACACCCACCAGGCCACGGUGGAGAACCAGGAGGAGUGGAACAGCUCCACAGCCCCAGACGGUGAUUUCUCUCUGGGCUACCCUGUGCCAGGCAAUGGCCCCCUGGGUCCCAUCACCAAGGCUUCCAUCCCUCUGUCGGUGUUGGUGCUCAGCCUGCUGGUGCUGUUCGUGUCGGCGUUCUUUGCGGCAGCAGCGCUGAUCGCCUAUGCCCUGAGGAGGCGGGACAAGCUGCCGUUCCGGCGGCAGGGUGAGGUGGAUCUGGCCGGGAUUCAGAUGGAAUGUGGAAUAUUCACCGAGCAGCAGCACCACAGGUUACCGGUACCAAAGACCCCUCCUCCAUCUGCCUUGCAUCAUAGCCUCGUCUACGAUAGCAUCCUCCCCGUCGACCCUGGCCCUAACCCUAACCUCAGUCCCUCAACACACAUGUGCAGUAGCCCAGUCUAUAAGAAUGAGGAUGAUUCAGUGGUGAGGCAACAACAGCAGCAGUUCUCUGCUUCUAAAGAGAAAGAUAACGUGGGAAGAUACCGCUUGGCGGGGGAGAGAGAGAGCGAAGGACACUAUCGUUUGGUGGCAGAGAGAGAGAGAGAAUGGAAUAUGGAGGUGUCCCCCCCCUCCAUCAGUACCGUUGCCGGGGCAGUGGGACCCCCUCUUUCAGAUCUCCACGCAAACGGGACCCUCUGCCCAACGGUCAUAGACAGCCAGGGCCCCACCCCCAAGGUGGGAUUGGUUGACUGCCUGUUUGGGAUCUCCGGAAUGUCCGCCCCCGUCCCAGAGUUCCGAGACCUGCCGGACAGGUAUACACGUCCCCCACCACCCCGCUAUCCCCACCCUCCACAACCCCCUCAGCCCCCCGAACCCAAAGAGGAAACUAGACCCAGCCAAUCACUCGUGGUUACUACAAUGACAGUGUGCGCGGGGCCAAGCAGUAGUAAUCAGAGCCAGAACUCAGAGUUUCCGCGAGAGUUGAGAAUGAGACUCAGUACCAAGCCGGAUUACAUGGAAGUCCUGGACAGAUCUUAUCAGUUCUAAUAGAUAAAUGUUACUAUGGAACCGCUGGCGAUGACAAGAAAUGACUCCUGUAAUAUGUCAUGUCUUGAACAUGUUGAUAUGCGGAGGUAAACCUGUGUGUGGGGAGAGCUGUUAGGACUAGGAUGAAGUUACCCUUAGAUGAGGCUUUGGAAAGGGUAAGCUGAUCCUAGAUCAGUGCCUGAGACUAGCAAUUAUUUUUUGUACCAUUGAUGACUAAGUACUAAGUAUCAGAUCAGGCUUUUUUAUUCCCAGCAUCACAAAACAAGACAAUGUGGUGGGUGUGUGUUCAUUGUGUAUCUUUAUUGUAGGUACAGACCUUGGCUCUCUUUUCCUGGUGGGUGUGUGUUCAUGUUAGACAAUAUAGUGGGUGUGUGUUCAUGUUUGCUCUCUAAAGACCUGCUGAUGAGACACUCAGUUGCUCUGCCUCUCAAAUAACAUCAUGAAGCACAGUGAGAGAGAGAGACUGAGACACAGGGAGGAGUCAGGAAUGAAGUGGUAAAGAGAGGGGGGGUGUAAACACAGAGUCCCAGUCUGACGGUCGUCUAAUGUAGCAUGUAACACUUUCCAUAUGAAAACAAUGUGGAAGAGGUGUUGAAGUGUGUUUACCCUGGACACUACAUUCCUGGUAUUAGUGUCACUGUGUCUGAGUGUCACUGUGUCUGAGUGUCACUGUGUCUGAGUGUUACUGUGGACCACAUGCGGCUGGUGGUACCUUCAUUGAGGAGGACGGGCUCAUUGUAGUGGCUGGAACAGAAUAAUGGAAUGGUUUCAAACAUGUGUUGGGUACCAUUCCAUUCACUCCAUCCCAGCCAUUAUUAUGAGCUGUCCUCCUCUCACCAGCCUCCUGUGGUGUGGAAAGAGGGAGAUAUGACACAGUCAAGUGCCUUAGCAACUAGCAGCCAGACCUGGGUCUAAUACACAUGUCCGAUACGUUCAAAAAAGUGCUUGAGAUGAGUUUGGAUUUAGCUUACACACUUAUGGGGCUAUUCCGUUGGUGUCACAGUUGUACUGGGCAAACUAACUCCAAGGCAGCUCAAGUACAGUAUUUGAAUGUAUUUGACACACGUAUUUGACCGGGGCCUGCAAGCAGCCAGCAAGUGGUCAAGGCUUAUUUUUCUAUGAACACAGAUCUAUUUAUCUAAACAGGUUUGAAUAAUAAUGGACGGGACUCAGAGCUGCUCUGAAAUUGAGGGCCCUAUUCAAUCAAAAGCUGAAACUGUAUUUCCCGGAUUAUAGUCGAAAGUAGCCUUCCUCAUGUGAAGAGACAGAGGAGUAUGUUUGCAUUUGUAAGAGUUUAUUUGCGUUUGUAUGUUUGCAUUUCCUGAAUAGGGCAUUUCCAGAAUAGGGCUCUGAGAGUGUUUGUUCUCAGGUGGAAUAUAAGGGCCUGCGGGAUACGAGAGAACCAUGAGACACAGCUAUAAACCCCUAAAGGGGAUGUUGACUUGACUACUUUCAUCGGACAACGGCAUUCAAGUCACUUCAAUGGACUUAAAGUGGGAAAAAGAACAGAAAACCAGGACGAAGCGUUUCGACACGGGAAAGACACUUCUAUGAAAUAUCGAUUAUCUUUUAAAGGAGGUACCUUUUUAUGCUUUUAUCUCCUACAAAUAUUAGAGGAAAUUGUGAAUAUAUUUAUUCUUAGUUUCUUGUGUGUUGGAGCUUUGCUACUGUAUGGGAUCAUAUUAUAUCAGUGUAUAGCAGAGAUGGCCAAUCCUCCUCCUGGAGAGAUACAGGGUGCUUUCCACUGGUUACCACAGCCACAAAGUCGAGAUUGGCCGCAUAUAAAAAAUAUAUGGGAUUUUUUUGUUGGCUUUUUGGUCUUAAUUUAAGGUUAGGGUAAGGCAUAAAGUUAGCAGUGUGGUUCAUGUUAGGAUUAAGAUUAUUGUUAUGUUUAAAAUCUAAUUUUAAGAAGAGAAAUUGUAGAAAUAGGCAGAGUUUAACCAUAAUUAUGACUUUGUGGCUGUGGAAGCUAGUAACGACCCUACUGUAGGUGUAGGGUUUUGCUCCAGCCCAACAUAAACACUCUUCAUUUUAGCGAUGAAAAGCAGCUUGUUCAGAUGGUAUCUCUGCAGGAGGAUGUUUGGCCAGCCCUGGUGUAAAGGACAGUUCUGCAUCUGGUUUAGCCUUCUCUACAGUGACCACAUCAUAUAUACAAUAAAGGGUGCUACUCUAAAA